AUGACAACAGCAACAACAAGUGCGACGACUGAAGUUCCAAUCGAAGGACGUGAUGUAUUACUUGGUGUUUUAUCAACUAAUAACAAUAUGAAUCCAACGACGACUAGUACUACGACUAGUAUUCGUACUAUGGAUAAUAAUAUCCUAAUGGAUACGUUAUCAUCAUCAUCGUUAACAACUACACAUACAACAUCUCCUGCUUUGAUUCAUGAAGUUCAUUGGGAAGGAUAUGUACGAAAGAAAGGAGAUUGGUUACCACGUUGGGAAGAACGAUAUUUGAUACUAGAUGGAGCAACACUGACGUAUUAUAAUUCAAAAGAAGAAGCUCGUAGUGCACGAAAUUUACGUGGUCGUAUGAUUAUUAGUAAAGUUCGUUCUGAGAAUUAUGGGAAAGCGCAUGGAUUUUUACUGGAAACACAAGGUCAUAAACAUUUUCACUUGUGUUGUUCAACCGAGUUAGAAAAGGAUAUGUGGGUGGAAAUGAUGCAGGCUGCAAUUGCAGAAGGUGUACGACAUAGUACUCAUGGAACAAGUCUUUCAAUGGAAGGGAUUGAAGUGUUGCAAAUGCAAAUGCAAACGUCACCAACUCAAGUGGAUCUUCGUGGGUUUUAUUUUGCUUUUCGUCAACUUCUCAUUUCACACUCAUCCUCACCACAGUUCUUCCCGAAACUCUCACGAGAUAUUGUACUUACGUCAAAUUAUGCACCCACUGUGCCUUUUUGGGGAGAGUAUCAUGGGCUUGACGGUGUGCUGCACUUUUUUUCCAUCUUGUAUGAGACUGUGGAAAUCACAUCCUUUUUUGUAACGGAUAUUGCCCAAGCAAAGGAAGGAUGUACCGCCGUAGUAGCUGGACGGGAAACCAUGAAGAAUCGAGAAAAUGGACGCAAGUUUACACAGCAGUGGCAGCACACGAUUGAGUUUGCGCCCGACGGACGUGUCAAAAGUCUGACCAUCUCGGCUGACCCCAUUGCUGCCUCGGCGGUUUUUGGCUGCAGUGCUACGUCGAGUUUGUCACUACCGAUGGCUGCAGUUGUUGGCAACACGGUCCACGACAAUCCCGCAGGAAAACUUCACGUCGUUGUGUUCCGCGGCGAACAGAUUUCGGACCAGGGCUUUAUUGAUGAUUCAGAGCAGACGGAUAGAUUGGAGGCUGACGACGAGAAGCGACCGUCGAACCGUCGUGUGUUUUUGGGGCUACGUUUGGUGACAGAUGGCAAGACUAAUGUGUAUGCACCGACCACGUCCGCGAACUGCGUGGCGCGAACACGAACAUGCGACCCAGAUGAAUCACGGGAUCCCAAGUGGAAUUCCAAGCACGAUAUUCCAUUUGUUGGAUCUUCCAGAGGUAAGCCGUGUUUCAUUUUGAUUGAAGCAUGGGAAGUCAUGGACAGCAAUGGAUCUGGUGAAGCCUCAGAACGUGUAAUUGGUGUUGCCAAGGUAAACCUUGCACCGUUUCUAGCGCUUGCCAGUACAUCGCGAACGGUUCGGGAAAGUGUUAUUCACUCCGAUAUUGCUCGUGGCGCUGUGCCGCAAUGGUAUACACUGCUAUCUGCAAGCGAGACAAAGUUUACGUGUGGACGAGUCCAGCUCAGUAUUAGUUUUGAAGCCUCUGUGGCCUCGUUUGCUGCGAUGUCUCGCUCGAACCUUGCUGUUGCAUCGCGAAGCGGUACUGAUGGGAACUCGCCUGGUUUGGAUUCAAAUGCACCGACGCCACUGGUUCACCCGUCAGGGGCAAUCGUGCAGUCGAUGAGCCACCGUGUUGCGUUAGCUCGUGGUUGCUCUUUCCGCGAUACAAAGCGGGACAAUCACCAAUUUCGAGUUGGCAACACAAACUUUGAUGUACCAAGGCGCUAUCAAAUGAUUAAGGCUGUGGGUCAAGGCGCAUAUGGCUGUGUGAUUGCUGCUAGUGACACGGAGACAGGUCAGGCACUCGCUAUCAAGAAUAUUCCAAAUGCUUUCAACGACCUCAUUGACGCAAAACGCAUACUUCGGGAAAUUCGUCUCAUGCGCCAUUUGAAUCACCCAAACUUGGUGAAUUUGCUUGACUUGCUUCGUCCAGCGACUCUACAAGAGUUUAACGAUGUUUACAUUGUGACAGAUCUUAUGGAAACUGACCUGCACCGUGUCAUUCACUCGAAUCAAUCGAUCAGUGACGACCACGUGCAGUACUUUUUGUAUCAGAUGCUGGUCGCUAUUAACUACGUGCACUCGGCUGAGGUGCUUCACCGUGAUUUGAAGCCAUCCAACAUUUUGGUCAACUCAGAUUGCGAUCUGAAGCUGUGUGAUUUUGGCCUCGCUCGUGGUAUUCAGGGUAUGGACUCUGGUCUUACCGAAUAUGUCGUUACUCGCUGGUACCGCGCCCCGGAGUUGCUGCUUUCAUCGAGGUAUGACAAGCAAAUGGAUGUGUGGGCCAUUGGAUGUAUUCUUGCUGAGAUGCUCGGGCGGCGGCCUCUUUUUCCUGGUCAUGACUAUUUGCACCAGCUAAAGAUUAUAAUGGACGUUAUUGGCUCGCCGUCAGAGGACUCACUGGAUUUCAUUACUAAUCCGAAAGCAAAGCGGUUUAUCUUACGCCAGCCUAAGAAGCCCAAGGUGCCGCUCUCGUCCGUGUAUCCGCGUGCAACUCCGCAAUGUCUUGAUUUACUCGAGAAGAUGCUAGUGUUUGAUCCGCGUAAGCGUAUUACAAUCCAGGAGGCUCUUGCACACCCGUACUUGAGCUUGGUGCGCGAUCGAUCUGUGGAGAAGACAUGCCCUUCGUCGUUUGAUUUUGCAUUUGAGAAUGCAGACUUGACCAAGCAGAAGCUACAGGAACUUAUAUUUGAAGAUGUGUGUUCAUUCCAUCCGCUUGCUCGUAUUCCUGAUCCGGUGCUUUCCGCUGCCGCUUCUGCAGUGGGCCAUGCCUCGAGUCGAUCAUAUGGCCACUCUAAAGCUGACUUCACCUCGGCUUCAGGUUCAGGGAGGCCGAAUGCACCGUCUUCAGUCUCUGCUCCAGCCGUUGUAUCCCCUGCUGCUACUGUAACAUCUGUGGCUGUGCCACCUGCACCGGUUUCUCUUGUGGCAUCGGCAAGUCUGCUAGUCCCAGUACAGAAUAUUCCAGUAGUAAGAGAACCUGUUCGUGUUGAACAACUUCCAGUUGAAGCACAAUCGGAUUCAGUUGUAGCACUGGACCCAAAUGCGACUUUUGCUCACGAUUCCCGGGCUUCUGAGACUCCUCGAGAUGCUUUGGCAACACCAGGACUAAGCCCAACGAAAGCACCAGUGUCGUUGCCUGCUUCGUUACCUCCGAUACCAAAUCUGUUUGUCGAACCCAUGGAACAUAAAUCAGCAUUGAUCUCUGAGGACGAUCGAAGUGCUCAAGCAGAAGUUGCCAUCGAGAUUGUGCAGACGCCUCCUCGUAUUGUCGAGGUAUUGUCAGAAGAAGAAGCAUCAGUAGAAGCAGCAGCUUCUUUUGAUGAUAUUGGAAGCACCUCCAUUCACAAUAUAUCAGUAGCAGACGCCGUGGCCAUUGCCGACGAGAGUGAAGCUACCGACCGUGACGCACCUAACAGCACAAGCACAAGUAGCAGUGGCAGCAAUGGUGAGGGUGAGCUUGCAGAUGCCCAUGAGUCAGACAGAGAAAUUGACUUGCUGACCUCGCCGAAGAAGCAAGUGCUGCAGCAGGCCGAAUCCCUCCUGACGCCAUCGUCGGUAGUAUGA